AUGGCGGCGGGGCUGUGGCGGCGCGGGGCGCUCUGGGCCGCGCUGCUGCUGCUGGCGGCGGGGCAGGAGCCGUGGCGGCAGCUGAUCCAGUGGGAGAACAACGGGCGGCUCUACAGCCUGCUCAACAGCGGCGCCGAGUUCGUGCCCGCCGGGCAGGAGCGGCCCCCGGGCAGCCGCCUGUGGCUGGCGGGCACCGCGGGCACCGCGGGGACAGCGGGGACAGCGGGGACAGCGGGGACAGCGGGGACAGCGGGCAGCGUCCGCCGCCAGGCGCCCGCCUCGGGGACAGUGCGGGGACAAGCGCGACAUCCCUUCGGGUUCGGCCAGGUGCCGCCCAACUGGCGGGACGGAGCGCUGGGCGACGGCGGCGCGGGGGGACAGCGGCGACAAGCGGCGCGCGGGCGGCAGGCGACAGCCUCGGGGGUGGCCGUGUCGUCGUUCGCCUUCGCCUCGGCGGGACAGCCGCCCUUCGUCGCCGCGGGGGUGGCACCGCACGGGGAGCGCCCCGAGGGUGUCCCCGCGUCGCGGAGCGCGGUGGGGACAGGAAUGGGGACACCGAUGGGGACAGGAAUGGGGACACCUAUGGGGACAGGGAUGGGGACAGGGAUGGGGACAGGGACCGGGGCGGCGUUCCCGCUGCAGCCCCGCGCGCUCCCCGAGGGUUUCGGGGAGGAGCCGCCGCCGUUCGGAGCGGCGGGAGUGCCGCUGGAUCGCCGCUACUCGCACAGCCUCUACCACGACGGCGGCGCCGAGGUGCAAACCGGGACGGGAUCCAUGGAAAAUCUGGGAUUUGGGGCGCAGUUCCCGCCCCACGAGGCGCAGCCGCCGUUCCGGGCGCCCGAAUCCUUUGGGGUCGCUCAUCCCGAGCCCUUCAUUCCCGAAAUUCCUCAGGCCGUGCCCGACAGCCAAGCGCGGCUCAGCGUGGGCAGCGUCUACAGGCCCAGCUUUGGGGCCAGAGGGCUCCCGGACCUGGUCCCGGACCCCAACUACGUCCAGGCCUCCACGUACGUGCAGAGAGCUCACCUGUACUCGCUGCGCUGCGCCGCCGAGGAGCGCUGCCUGGCCAGCACGGCGUACGCGGCCGAGGCCACCGACUACGACGUGCGGGUGCUGCUGCGCUUCCCGCAGCGCGUCAAGAACCAGGGCACGGCCGACUUCCUGCCCAGCCAGCCCCGCCACCGCUGGCAGUGGCACAGCUGCCACCAGCACUACCACAGCAUGGCGGAGUUCAGCCACUAUGACCUGCUGGACGUCACCUCGGGCCGCCGGGUGGCCGAGGGACACAAGGCCAGCUUCUGCCUGGAGGACACCACCUGUGACUUCGGCCACCUCAAGCGCUACGCCUGCACUGCCCACACCCAGGGGCUCAGCCCAGGUUGUUAUGACACCUACAACGCCGACAUCGACUGCCAGUGGAUCGACAUCACCGACGUCCCCCCAGGGAACUACAUCCUCAAGGUUGGGGACAAAUCCAAAUAUUUGGUGCUGGAGUCGGAUUUCACCAACAACGUCGUGCGCUGCCACAUCCACUACACCGGGCGCUUCGUGUCCGCCUCCAACUGCCGCAUCGCCCAGUAA